AUGCGUGGUAAGAUGAUACAUCGUAUGGAAGGCACUUUCAAAUUAUUGAUUCGAUGUGCAGUACUUUGCAGCAGAAGCAAAUUCAAGAUUUCUCGGUACCACUCCCUAGAAGAGAAGUAUCUGGCGAUGCCUCCGAGAACGGCCAUUAUGAAAUACUGCGAGCUAAUCCUUGGCAAUGGAGGAACACAGAAGAUGCGUGACAAAAAACCGAAAGUUGCAGAGAUUCCCUUCAAUUCUACCAACAAGUAUCAGGUCUCCAUUCAUCAAAAUGGCGACCGAUAUCUAUUGGUAAUGAAGGGGGCACCAGAGAAGAUCCUCAAGGCAUGUUCGACAUUAUUACACGAGGGAAACGAAAAAGAAAAAGACAAGAAAUUUGAAGAUGACUUCACUAGGGCCUAUGAAACGUUAGGAGGCUUCGGAGAACGCGUGCUGGGUUUCUGCGACUUGGAAAUGGAUCCAGAGAAGUUCCCUAAGAAUUUCGUUUUCGACACAGAAAACCCGAACUUUCCGCUUACUAAUCUGCGAUUUCUUGGCUUGAUGUCAAUGAUUGACCCACCGCGACCUGGAGUUCCGCAAGCUGUUCAGCUGUGCCAAUCAGCUGGUAUUAAGGUGAGUGUAUAA